GGCACCGGCACCGGAAGUAGCAGCGGCGGCGGCGGCGCAGGCCCUGAGGAGAUGCCAGCCACCAGCUAAGACUCCAGGAGAUUCACUAUGGCCAACGGGAGCUGGGCCACAGAUCGAGAACAGCUCCUGAGGAGGGUGCGGGACCUGGAGGAGGAGGUGAAGCAGCUGCAGGAGAAGCUGUCAGAGGGCAAGGAGGGCACUGCAGUGAAGGACACCCCUUCGACCUCCAGGAAAUCCAAGAAGCAGCAGCAGCGCCCAUUUGAUUUCAGCGCCCACGGCCGCAGGCACGUGGCACUGAGGAUCGCCUACCUCGGCUGGGGGUACCAAGGCUUUGCCAGCCAGGAGAACACCAGCAACACAAUCGAAGAGAAGCUGUUUGAAGCCCUGAAGAAGACACGGCUGGUAGAUGAUAGACAGACCUCCAACUAUCACCGCUGUGGGCGGACAGACAAAGGAGUCAGUGCCUUUGGACAGGUCAGGAUGGAUUUACAGGUUCCACUGGGGAUGGUAGAACUCAGGAUGGGAUUACUGGCCGAUGGUGAUGAGCCAAGUGCUCACUGUGUGACAGUGCAGGUGAUUUCCCUAGAUCUUCGCUCUAACCUCUCAGAGGAAAAGAAACUAAAUGGUUGCACGGGUGACUCAGAGGGAAAAAGCAGUAAAUCUGAGGAAGAGCUCCGCUAUACCCACAUUCUGAACAGGGUGCUCCCACCUGACAUCCGCGUGCUGGCCUGGGCCCCCGUGGAGCCAGAUUUCAGUGCCCGGUUCAGCUGUCUCAAGAGGACCUACCGCUACUUCUUCCCCUGUGCAGACCUGGACGUGGCCCUCAUGCACACUGCAGCCCAGCGGUACGUGGGGACGCACGACUUCCGGAACCUCUGCAAAAUGGACGUGGCCAAUGGCGUCAUCAACUUCCAGAGAACAAUUCUCAGUGCCCAGGUGACAUGGGCGGAUGGGGGAGCUGAAAGUGGCCUGCGGGACCCUUUCCGACUGUGCCAGUUCGAGGUGACGGGACAGGCAUUCCUCUACCACCAAGUGCGCUGCAUGAUGGCCAUCCUCUUCCUGAUCGGACAAAGGAUGGAGGGCCCAGAGAUCAUUGAUGAGCUGCUGGAUGUGGAGAAGAACCCUCGAAAACCACAGUACAGUAUGGCCGUGGAGUUCCCCUUGGUCCUCUAUGACUGUGAGUUUGAGAACAUCCAGUGGCAUUAUGACCGGGAAGUGCAGGAGUUCAAUGUUACCCACCUGCAGCAGCUCUGGGCCAGCUACGCCGUCAAGACUCAAGUACUGCACAGCAUGUUACGAGGCCUGGACACUGCUCCCAUGGCUGCAGGGAAAGAUCCAGGGAAUGCCGCCCCUGUCCUCUGGGGAGACCUGAAGCCUCCGGUGCACAACCAGGCCAGCAGCUUCGUGGAAGGUGUCCGUGCCCGGGCCUACAAACCCCUGCUGGAGCGGCCCCGGUGCGAGGGGUUGGAGUCCCGCAUCCAGCAGUGCCUGCGCAGGGGCCGCAGCCAGGCCGAGCGGGCAGCCAAGCGCCUCUGCACCGGGGAGGGGCCGGGGGGGACCUCCUGAAGGGCCGAGCACCGAUUUUUGUGCGCGUGUUCGGUUUUAAAUACAUUUUCCCUUGCGAUUUUUAUAAAUUCCUGUUAGCUUUAAAGAUAA